AUGUGCCUUCCCAAAACUUAUGACCAACGUCUUCAGGCGGAUUCUUUGGGGACAAAGCUGGAAACAGUUCUGUCAGUGAUGCACGAUCCCAAGUCACGUUAUCAUGGUCAUGAUAUCGAAGCGAGAAUGGAAUACUUGGUGCAUAUUAUUGUUCAAUAUUCGAAAAAGAAGUGCUACGUGGUUCCCGAACGAACUUUCCACAGCAUUUCUGACCUCAUCACGUAUUAUUUGAACCAUACAAUGAUAUUCAGAUCGCAACAGAUCCAGUUGAACAGAGGUGUUGGCCUGGCAUCGUGGGAAUUCCGGGCUGACAGCCUGCAACUCGAUCAGCUUAUCUGCAUGUUCAGUUGUGGAGAAGUUCGAAGAGGAAAAAUUCUUCGAAAAGACACCGAUCCUACGGACGUUGCCAUCAAAACGGUAGGAUACCUUGUUUGA